CUCUCUCUCUCUCUCUCUCUCUCGUGCGCUCUAGUCUCGAGCAGCAGUUGGUGGAGGCUCACACUAGCGCGCGGACAUCAGAAGCAAUAGGACGCGAAGGCGAGGCGCGCGCACGGAGUACACAGGACGCGCACAGUAACCGGGGGAGUACCGGACACACAGACCACAACCAAGACCACCACCGCGCGCAGGUAGAAGACCCCCACUGAGCCGGACAUGUGGAAUCGGACUAUCUAAAGAUCUUCAGGAGCUUUUAUUGGACUAGAUUUGUGUUUUUAACGCGUUUGAUGGCUGGAAAGGCGCAUCGGUAAAAAUUGCGCACUGUGCGCAAAAGACGAGCAGAAGGGCGCACCGGGAACACACGGGCGCGCGCAUACGCGUAUCUCCCGGGCAGCAGAACCAGGGCACAGGAGGGACCCCCGGUGCCAGCUCGGGCUUGCAGAAUUGAAGAAAGACCACCGGGUGCCUAACUAAAGGAUUUUCCGCGCGUUACGUGCGCGCGCGCUAAAAGAUUGCGCUUUUGGAUUUACCGCAAAACUUCUCAUUCUACACCUCAAAACCACCACCACCACCGCGCUUUCCUUCCCCGCGGAUGGGGCUGAGUCUGAGUGGGGAGCCCGUCGUGGAGCGCGUGCAGAGCCUGUAGGACCCCCCUGCUUCUGCUACUGCUACUACUCCCUCACUCUCUCGCUACACACCUUGACGCGCGCGCACACACACACACGCCGACACACACACCUUCAUGCCCUCCUCUGUCUGGAUCCCAGUAUGGAUUACUUUGUGCUCCUCUGCAGCUUCCUGCUGCCCCUCAGCACCGCUGUGGAAGAAACAUUGAUGGACACCAAAUGGGCCACAACUGAGCUGGCCUGGACGGCACAUCCUGAGACAGGGUGGGAAGAGGUGAGUGGAUACGACGAUGCCAUGAACCCAAUCCGGACGUACCAGGUGUGCAACGUCCGCGAGAUGAACCAGAACAAUUGGCUACGCAGCGACUUCAUCCCACGCAAGGAUGUUCUGCGCGUGUACGUGGAGAUGAAGUUCACAGUCCGCGACUGCAACAGCAUUCCCAACAUUCCCGGUUCCUGCAAGGAGACCUUCAACCUUUUCUACUACGAGUCGGACUCGGACUCGGCCACGGCCACCAGUCCUUUCUGGAUGGAGAACCCGUACGUCAAAGUGGACACCAUUGCUCCCGAUGAGAGCUUCUCCAUGCUGGAGUCGGGUCGAGUCAACACUAAGAUCCGCAGCUUCGGCCCACUGUCCAAGGCUGGCUUUUAUCUAGCUUUCCAGGAUUUGGGAGCAUGCAUGUCGCUCAUUUCUGUCCGGGUUUUCUAUAAGAAGUGCUCCACCAGCAUUGCCAACUUUGCUGUCUUUCCGGAGACGGCUACCGGAGCCGAGGCCACGUCGCUGGUCAUCGCUCCGGGCACCUGCGUACCAAACGCAGUGGAAGUGUCCGUUCCGCUCAAGCUGUACUGUAACGGAGACGGAGAGUGGAUGGUCCCGGUCGGCUCCUGCACCUGCAUGGCUGGCUUCGAGCCUGCAAUCAAGGACACGCAGUGCCAAGCCUGCAGUCCAGGGACCUUUAAGUCGAAGCAGGGUGAGGGGUUUUGCGUCCCCUGCCCCCCCAACUCUCGCACCGGCUCUGCAGCUUCCAGCAUCUGCUCCUGCAGAACCGGCUACUACAGAGCUGAUACUGACCCACCCGACGCUGCCUGCACCACGGUUCCCUCGGCUCCUCGCAGUGUUAUCUCGAAUGUGAACGAGACGUCUCUGGUGCUGGAGUGGAGCGACCCGAAGGACCUGGGCGGUCGUGAUGAUCUGCUGUAUAACGUGAUCUGUAAGAAGUGUAUUCCGGAGAGGGGAAGCUGUACGAGGUGUGAUGAUAACGUGGACAUCUCCCCUCGUCACCUGGGGCUGACGGUGCGGCGGGUGGCGGUCCGAAACUUGCAGGCGCACACGCAGUACAGUUUUGAGGUCCAGGCUGUAAACGGGGUGUCCAACAAGAGCCCAUACUCACCGCAGUUCACCGCUGUCAACAUCACCACCAACCAGGCCGCUCCAUCUGCAGUUCCCACUGUCCACCUGAUGGGGGCGUCGGCAAGCACCAUGAGCCUGUCUUGGCUGCCUCCGGAGAAACCGAAUGGCAUCAUCCUGGAUUACGAGAUUAAAUACCAUGAGAAGGAUCAGGGUGAAGCGAUAUCCCAUACCAUGACGGCUCAGCGGAGCUCAGCGCGGAUCGAGGGCCUGAAGCCCGGAACUCCUUACGUGGUUCAGGUGCGCGCUCGCACUGUGGCGGGAUACGGCCGCUACAGCAGCCCUGCGGACUUCAGCACCAACCACCAGACUGACCCUGAGAGGUCUCUGCAGGAGCAGCUGCCCCUUAUCGUCGGCUCUGCCACGGCUAGCCUGGUCUUCAUCAUCGCUGUGGUGGUCCUCGCUAUCGUCUGCCUGAGGAAACAAAGGAAUGGCUCGGAAUCGGAAUACACGGAGAAACUGCAACAAUACAAAUCCCCUAUAGUCACUCCGGGAACCAAAGUCUACAUCGACCCCUUCACCUACGAGGACCCCAACGAGGCGGUGCGCGAGUUCGCCAAAGAGAUCGACAUCUCGUGCGUGAAGAUCGAGGAGGUCAUCGGCGCAGGUAACCAACAGCACACGGUCCUGAGCGGCAGGGGGAAGCCAGCUAGCCUCAGCCAGGCCAUUCCCUUAGAGGACUUCACUUCACGCGGAGAGUUUGGAGAAGUGUGCCGCGGCCGUCUGAAGCUACCCGGCCGCAGAGAGAUCAUUGUGGCCAUUAAAACGUUAAAGGUGGGCUAUACAGAGCGGCAGAGGCGGGACUUCCUGAGCGAAGCAAGCAUCAUGGGACAGUUCGACCAUCCGAACAUCAUCCGUCUGGAGGGUGUGGUCACUAAGAGUCGGCCAGUCAUGAUCGUCACUGAAUUCAUGGAGAACGGAGCGUUGGAUUCUUUCCUUCGGCUGAACGAUGGCCAGUUCACUGUGAUCCAGCUGGUGGGCAUGCUGAGGGGCAUCGCGGCGGGUAUGAAAUAUCUUUCCGAUAUGAACUACGUGCACCGUGACCUCGCCGCCCGCAACAUCCUCGUCAACAGUAACCUGGUGUGUAAAGUGUCGGACUUCGGCCUGUCCAGAUUCCUGGAGGACGAUCCGACAGACCCCACGUACACCAGCUCACUGGGCGGGAAAAUCCCAAUCCGCUGGACAGCUCCGGAGGCCAUCGCCUACAGGAAGUUCACCUCAGCCUCCGACGUGUGGAGCUACGGCAUCGUCAUGUGGGAGGUGAUGUCGUACGGCGAGCGGCCAUACUGGGACAUGAGCAACCAGGAUGUGAUAAACGCAGUGGAGCAGGAUUAUCGGCUGCCGCCCCCCAUGGACUGCCCCACCGCCCUCCACCAGCUCAUGCUGGACUGCUGGGUCAAAGAGAGGAACCUCAGGCCCAAAUUCUCUCAGAUCGUCAACACGCUGGACAAACUCAUCCGCAAUGCUGCCAGCCUAAAGGUGGUGACCAACACACAGUCCGGGGCCUCGCAGCCCCUGCUGGACCGCAGCGUGCCUGACUACACCACCUUCACCACAGUGGGUGACUGGCUGGACGCCAUUAAGAUGAGCCGCUACCGAGACAACUUCCUCAACGCCGGCUUUGCCUCGUUUGACCUGGUGGCACAGAUGACAGCAGAGGAUCUGCUGCGGAUAGGUGUGACGUUGGCCGGACACCAGAAGAAGAUUCUCGGCAGCAUUCAGGACAUGAGACUGCAGAUGAACCAAACGCUGCCCGUCCAGGUCUGAGAGAGGAGGAGCAGGGUAGGACCGUGCCGGAGAGAGCUGACGGGAGACCCCAGCUGCCUGACCACCUCAGCCAAUCGGAUAAAACUGUACAAGUGGCUCGCAGUGCCUCGGAUGACUUUGACUUUUUGUUCGAUUUCCAUUUAUUUUUUUCCUAUUUUUCCUCUUUGGACUGCGUUUUUUUCCACCGGGCAAAAGACAUUUAUUACAAUUGUUUUGUACAUUUUUUUAAAAAACGAAAGGAAACCGCCCCCCCACCCCCUUGCCCCACUCUCUUCAUACCCUGCGCGUGCCUCACUGGGCUGUGGCGUCAGGUGUGUUUCUGCAUGUGUGUGUGUGUACUUUUUUUCCGUGAGGUCAGCUGGGACACGCUGAGCCGGGUCGACUCUCCCCCCUCCACUUUUCCCCCGGAUUUUACACACCGCCUUUAUCGGACUGGAGAAAGAAAGAGGCAGAUAAAGACGAGUUUACCCAGUGCUAGGAUUGGUUCUACUAUGUGUGUGUGAGUGUGAGAGAGACAGAGUGAAUGAGUGAGUGUGAGUGAAUAGGUGUGUGUGUGUGUGUGUGUGUGUGCAUAUUCUUCAUCUUCAUAUUGAAGGUGUUUUACUUAUGCCUGAGAGAAGGACUAGCGGGAGAGUUGCAGGCCAGGUCAUGGAAGCUAAAACAGUUGGGAAAAUGUUGGACUUUCAGCAGGAAGAUCGCCUGGUGAAUUUGGAUUCGGAUUCAGCGAAAGCGGAUCAUGCUGUGCUUUCUCUCGCUAUUUAAUUUCCUGCACCUGGCAGUUCCUGUGUUGAAAUAUGGCCGAUCAUCACUGAUCGUGUGUCGACAGUGGUGACGACAGCAACGAUGGCCAGCGCACUUGCAAUGAACGACCCUUCUCUAUAUAGAGUGUGGUUACGUGUGUAUUAGUGAACGAGUAUAACAGUUAUGCACAUGAAUACUGUACAAUACUGCUUUAGCUGCGCUCCGCCAGCGGGGGCGCCGAAACCGCAUGAUGCCGAAUUGUGACGAGGAGCAAGUAUAUUUCAAUCAGCUGUAAUAAUCAGUGGACAAUUAAGAAUUUUUUUCUAAGGAAUUUCUCUUUUUUAAGAAGAAACCACAAAUUGGACAUUAUAUAAAUGCCGUAUGCAUAUGUAUUUCUGAAUAUGUGUGCAUAGACCUAUGAUAGAUGUUAUAUAUGCAUAUAUAUAUAUUAUACUAUAUAUGCAUAUUUAUGGAUAUGUGCAUUGUUCAGAGUGAGAGCAAGAGGUAAAAGAGGUAAAACAAAAGAAACCGAAGUUUUGUUCAUUUUACACUUUUCAGGUUUAAUCUCUUCUCAACCUCGCUAUUUAUUCUUUCCCAAUAGCUGUCAGAAACGAGGACGAAAAACAAACAAAAGAAAAGAACGGAAGACUGACCACCUUCAAAGAAAUCUAUAAUCAAUGACAGGAGAAUCACAGAAUUCACACAGAAGGGAUGUUGUGUUUGAUGUUAUUCUAAUCGAUCUUUUAUAACGAAGAAAGUAAGUGCGAGAAAACAUGUAAAAUGAAAACGUCCAAAAAAAAAAAAAAAAAGACGGAAUUUGCAGCCCAAAGUGUCCAUGCAGUUUUUCGACGUGUCUUCCGAGCCCUUACACUUACACGUAAGUGUUUCUCAGGCUUGCUGCGUUUGCUUUUCGAGCACAUAUUCCCAAACACACCCUUUUUUACUGUAUGAUUAACCCUUAGAAGUCUGCAGUCUUUGCUAUGCUAGUUUAAAGAGAGUAACAAUUCCACUUUUCCCCCUUCUGACACCAAUAUUAAUUCCUGCCAGUACUAAACAGACAGAAGACACCAUCAACCCAGUCUAAACUAACCUAUGAAUUUUAAUAUUGAUAUUGGUCCAUUUUUUUUUUAAUUUAUGUUAUUUUGGUGAAGUCAGUGUACUGUGUCACAAAUAAAACAGAAUAAACAAUUAAAAAUUACUGGCUUAGUACUCUCAUAUAAAAAACAAGUGCUUAAAAUAAAGACAGCUACAGUAUACGCACAUUUUUAGCUCUUUAUUUCCUCUUAUUAAAGGGUUCUUCACAUUGGUAAAAAGAACUACUAUAAAGUUCAGGCCGAAAAUGUCAAAACUGGGCCUAAAAUAAAAGAGUAAAAUCCAAACUGUAAUGCUGAUACCUGCUAGCACUUCUAUGGUAUUCUAGUUUUAUGUUAGCAUGAAACUAACAGCGAUGCACUUGAUUAUUUUUUAGUCUUUGUUGAUUAAACACCUCAACCAUUCAGAGCAUUUUUUUUACCAGCAUUUUAAAAGCAUUAUUCUACAUUUUUAAAUGUUACGCUACUGUUACUAGAGUAAUACUACCAGGUAUUCUGUUUAAUUAAAGUGGAAUAAAAAAGGGAUAAACCAAAUUCUCUAAAUUAUCUGAAGACCUAGAAAGCCCUAAGGGGCUGAAGGUUCUUUAUUAAUGUUAGUACUGGCACAGGUACAGUAUCAGCAUCUGUGUAAGACUAGUAAUUAUGCAAUUAUGUGGUUAAUUACAUAAUGAGUUACUUCCACGUUCUGUAUUGGCAGGUGCUUCUGAAUUUUGAAAACUGUUGAAAACAUGCAUUUAAAUGCAGAUUACAUUAAAAUACGAUGUAGGACGGACUGAAAGUUUACAAUCUGCACUUUGCACAGUUUUUUUUUUUUACCUUCUUUAAAUGGAGAUAUGAAUUCGUACCAAAUUAAAGCAUGCCUCAGAUGAUGCAACUGCGACUUCUAAGGGUUAAUUGAUUUCAGUGCUGUUUAAAGCUGUUGUUUACUCCAGCAGUGCUUAUUUAGGCUGACCUCUUUUGCUUUGUUCCCCAUGAAAGAAGUUUCACGUAGCUUUGUACAAUCCCCGUUUCUCGUCUUCCACGCCGUUUCUAAUCUUCCCUGCUUUUCUAGGUUUUACUCAGCAUCUAACACACCCUUAAAAACACUGUUAAGCCCCUCCCAACCCUAUUAGGAACCAAACAGUCCUUCCGUCUUAACUUGUUUUUUGUUUAUUGGGUUUUAUUUCUUUUUUUUUUUUUUGCAUUGUUUUCCAUGUACGCCGAAACCGUGACACGUUCUUACUUGAUUUCAACCUGUACAUCAUUUCCACAUGAAUAAAAUAUAUUACAUCAACUCA